CCCGUAUCCAACUAUCAAAGCCCACAGAAUGCUCUCAACGCAAAGCCAGCGCCCGUUCACUACUCCAGUAUUGGUCCGCAACUGCAGGGAGACUAUAAGUUUGGUUACCACACGGGAGACGGCGGCAGUUUCCGAGAGGAGACCCGACUGCCCGACGGCACAGUUCAGGGCGCCUACGGUUUCACCGACGCCGACGGCAAACAGCGUAUCGUUAAGUACACGGCCGGCAAGAAUGGCUUUCAGGCCGAGGGCGACGACGUCCCGAAGGGUACGCCAGUCGGCGGCAGCGACGGAGCGCCGGCUGAGGCGCCCCAACCCAUCGGCAAUGUCGGCGAAGGCGCCGCUUUCAGGAGCUUCUCUCAAGGCUAG